AUGUGGAAGGGUAUAAAAGACGCGAGUGGGCGUGCCGCCCACCACUAUUUCAUUUUCGUCGGUUGCUGGCUCUCGUUCGUUUGUACUCCAAUCGUCUCACUUCUUUACCGUUGUUUCAACCUCGUUGCCUUGUUCAAGAUGGGUUUCAACGCGUAUUCGUCUUCACCAAGCUCGUCCUCUCAAUCCGAUGAAGAAUUCGUGUGUGGCGGGGACUUGUCUCCAACUCAGUUGCUGUCGCUGGCAAUCCAGAAACGUCGGACUCUUUAUGCUCAAAAGGAGCGCAAUUUCCGUUGCGAGCUGCUUCAAACCAGCUUCAUCACCUCACUGUGUAAGCAUUUGGGUGAGCGUCGCGCUAGUCGACGAAGGCGUGGGGGAAAGCGUAGGCAAAACAAGGGCGAUAGAACCUCAAACGAGGAUCAUUUCACUCGAGUUGAACCUGGCGUUCAGACCCCAAGCAAUCGCGGCGAUGA